AAGUAGGACGACGCUCAGUUGUCUCUCGCGUGUCUAUCUUGUGUGUUGUGUGUCAUUUGUUGUCGCCCGCGCUUCUUGUUUAUUCUUACAUUUUAGUAAGACUUCAAUAAAGUGUAAUGUGUAAUUGAACGUGUGUUUUGUUAUUCAAUUGAUUAAUACGCCAAGCGGUCUAUCAAAAAAAUAAACGCCGCUGCAAACAGUUCAUGAGAAUUUGGCAUUUAAAUCGAGUUGUUCCUGGUGCUGCCGCUGUUGUUGUUGUUGUACUUGGCGUUGCCGCUGCUGCAGCUACUUAGAAAUAAUAAACAACAACAGAAACUGUAGCAUGGCAGCGGCGUUUUAAGUGUUGGCGUUGGCGUUAUAUAUGUUUUUUUCUUUAUGCUAAAAUUGCGGACGCACCCACCCAACCACAAACCCAACAACAACAAUAAAAACAAAACAAAAUUUAAAAAAAAAGUCCCAAUUUGCUGUGUAACUGUGCUUAUAACCCUGUAUGUGUGUGUGUGCAUGGGUGUGCGAGCAAGGCAGGGACAGGAGCAUGGGCUGCCCAGCCGGUUUCGCAGCGCUAGUUAAUUGACAACAACAACAUAAAAUAAAAGUUACCAAAACGAAAUAAAUCGAAGAAAUAAAAACAGCAUGCAACAAGCAACGAGUUAAACAAAUGUUUAAAUGUUUCUAAACAUAUUUCAAUAUACACAUCAAUGUUUCCCAUGCAUGUUUCAAGUGAACAGCACCAGCAACAACAGCCACAUUUGGAACAACAGCAACAUUAGCAACAACAGCAAAAUUAGCAACAACAGCAACCGCAACAACAGUCCCCAAACGAUCCCCCAACAUGCACUCACCGGGCAUUGAGUAGUUUCUAUAAUUAGCCAAAAAGCACCAAAGGUGGUCUGCUCAGCUAAUCAUUGUAUUUAAUUCGCCCCACCCCUGCAUCCACAAUCCCCCCCUGCGGAAUAACAACACACACCACCUACGGCUCUGAGCAGCCCACACACACACACAACAAGCAAACAACGCCACCCACUUUCAUCAACUUGAACAUCAUGCGACGGGCGGAGCUGCUCCAACUGACCAUUCUUGUCUACGCUUGUUGCUGGCUCCUGGUUGAUGCCCACAAUUGCCAGCAUCAGCAUCCCAAGGCGCACGAGGUGGUGCAUGGUGUACGCAUUCAGCUGGCGGCCCUCGAUGAUUAUGAUGGUAACGAUGACGUCGACGGCGGGGAGCCAACGAAGCAGCACAGCGUGCGCCGACGCAGCGUUGUCGCCGAUCAGCCGCUUCGCAUUCUCCUCGUCUACGAUGAGUCCGUCUACAGAUUGGAGGAAGAGAAAUUCAAUUUAAUAAACGACACAGUGCUGCCGGAAGCGGUGCAAUUCUGGGAACAGGCGCUGAUGGUGCGAGAAACCAAGGGUGCCAUCCGUCUCAAUCGGAAAUGUGACAGCACCCAGGUGUAUGUGAAGAAUGGACACACCCACUGCAUCGACCAUUGCAAGGCGACGACAAUGUGCGGCGAGGUCCAAGUACCCAAUGCCCACUUAGAUGUGUGUCGGGUGUGCAACAGCACUGGACAGAAUUGCCGGAUUGACAACACGACAAAGCCCGGCGAUGGCAUUGAGAAUGCGGACUUCAUCUUCUAUGUGUCGGCGCGGCAGACGCCACGCUGUUACAAGGGUCUGACCGUCGCGUAUGCGGCCCACUGUCAGCAGGAGGCGCUGCUCGAUCGUCCAAUUGCCGGGCAUGCCAAUCUCUGUCCUGAUAGCAUAAGCACCAAGCCGCAAGAGUUGCAAACACUGAUAUCCACCGUCAAGCAUGAGAUUCUGCACGCUCUCGGAUUCUCAGUCAGUUUGUAUGCCUUCUUCCGGGACGAUGAUGGACGACCACGCACGCCACGCAAAUCCGACACGGGCAAGCCCUAUUUAAAUGAAAAAUUGCAGAUACAUCAGUGGAGCAAUGAGACCAUACGCAAAGUGGAGCGCUCCAAUUGGGCUGUGCGCGGUGGUCAUGUGAAGAAGAUGGUCGACAUGCUGGUCACGCCCCGUGUGGUGGCCGAGGUGCGCGCCCAUUUUGACUGCGAUAAGUUGGAGGGCGCCGAACUGGAGGAUCAGGGUGGUGAGGGCACGGCCCUGACGCACUGGGAGAAACGUAUACUCGAGAAUGAGGCGAUGACGGGCACGCACACACAAUCGCCCGUCUUUUCGCGCAUAACACUCGCCCUUAUGGAGGAUUCGGGUUGGUAUCGUGCCAACUAUUCGAUGGCAACGCCACUCACCUGGGGCAAGGGCCUGGGCUGCAUGUUUGCCAUGCGCAGCUGCAAGGAUUGGAUACAAAUGAAUCAUGACAGAGGUCGCUCCAUACAUCCGUUCUGCUCGAAGGUGAAACAGGAUCCUCUGCAAACGGAAUGCACGGACGAUCGCAAUUCGGUUGCGCUCUGUAAUCUGAUUAAGCAUGAAUACGAAUUGCCCAAUUCAUAUCAGAAUUUUGAUGCGCUCAAGAACAUCAAGUCCGGCGAGGAGGGCUAUUAUGGUGGCUCCGUUUCGUUAGCAGAUCAUUGUCCCUAUAUCCAGGAGUUCACGUGGCGCAGCAAGAACAUCAUUGUGCGCGGCUCCCAUUGUCGUUUCGUUGAGAAUAAUCCAAAGCCCGAAAAGAAUUUUGCACUGGAGAGCUAUGGGCAUGGCUCGAAGUGUUUCGAUCACAGUGAAUCGAUGUGGGAGGAGCGCUCCUGUCACCAGACACGCGAAUGGCAGCAUUGGGGCAGUGGCUGUUACAAAUACAGCUGCUUCGAUGGUCGCCUGCACAUCCUUGUGGGCAACUAUAGCUACAAAUGCUCAUUUCCUGGCCAGAAGCUGUCCAUACGCAUCGUAUCGAAUGAUUGGCUGCACAAGGGCGCCAUUAUGUGUCCGCCGUGCCAUGAAGUGUGCGGUUCCCAUUUUGCCGCACAGGGCAAACAAUGCCGGCCGGGCGAGGAGCCCGAUCCACUCAAUAAAUAUCCACGCGAUGAUCUCGCGUGCGGCGCUGGCUUACCACAGCGUCUCUCGUUGGCCAUAUUCAGUGCUGUUGUGCUUUUAACCAUAUACCGGGGGGGCGUAUAUGCUGCUCCAGAUAGCUAAGCUAAUCUCAAACUAGGCACAUGUUUUAAUAUUUAAUGUUUAAUGUUUCUCUUUAUAUAUAUAUAUAUUUUGUAGUGAAAUUUGUAAAUUGCAAUUGUACAAUACGCUCAAUUUGCCUAGAUUUAAGAAUCAGUGGUAAGUGUAAUGUUCCCCCAAUUUUAAUUUUUACAUUUUAGCAAUAUGUGUAUUUCUAAUUGUAUUUGUAUUUGUCGUAUUGUAUCCCGAUAUGUGAUCUUUACUAAGGAUAUGCUGAAAGCGUCAUAUUUCAAUCUGAUGAAUAUGACGUCGAAGCAGAGCUCUUAAGCUAUCUAUAUACAUUCCAAAGUUUUGCCACUUUUAUUUACUCAAAGGCUAGUCACAAUCUUUGAACUAUUAUCAGAUUAUUUUUAUUAUUGAUAGUUCUGAUUGUGACACUUGCCAAUUUUUUUGUAAUUUUACUUUUGUUAUUUGUCGACCACAAAAUCUUUGUUAUUUAUUGUUGCGAAAUUCGUUAUCUUAUCUUGUGAUUUAUAUUAUUCGAUGUCGGCUUUUUUUUGCCCAGCUUUGUUUCUCAUGUGUGUUCUGUGUGUGCGAGUUUGCUCCAACGCCAAUUGCUAUUUGGGCAGCCUACUAAGCAUUUAGAAUCAGUACAACCACCCAAGAAAAUGUUCUAAAAUUUUCAUAUUCUAGUAAUUAAGCUACAUUUGUGAAUAAACUCUAUUGUAUAUAUGGAAA